GCAAAUGAAUUUAUUUUCUUUAUAUAAUAAUUUAUUUUCUUUAUAAUAUAUAUAAUACAUUUUUUAUAUAUCAUCAAAUAAGUAUAUAUAAUUAUCUGUUCAUAUCUUUUCUAUGUCGUGUAAACAUAUCAUAUUAAUUUAUUUGAUAUAAUUAACAACAAAAACAAAAUUUAUUACAAUAUAUAAUAUUUAUAUACAUUAUACAACACAUCAAUAUAUCAAUUAUAAUAAAAUAAAAAACAUACAUUCAAAAUAGCUAAUGAAAUUUUGCUAAUGAAAUAAAAUAAAUAGGUUACUUAUUAAUUAUAACAUUAUCUUCAAUCUUGUAUACACAUAUCUAUCCACUGACAAAUUAAAGUUAAACCUAGCUUUACUUCGUUAUGAAGAUCGUGAAUAUAUAAAAUGUAUAGAAACCGAGAAUUCACAGAAGUAAACAGCAUCUCGACAUGCACGCACACAACGUAGAAACGCGAUGCAUUUCAGCAGCAGAAACGAAAACUAGGUAGAGAGGGAUUGACCAAUAGAAAGAAACUCUAUAAGAUCACGUGGUUCACGACGCAAUGUAACCACGAGCAGGAUGAAACUACCGUCAACAGAGACGAAUGAAACGUCGAGAGAGAAGGUUAAGUUUGUUCUCAUUAAAUUGAAAGAGUAAGAAAGAACGAUAGGUAAAGAAGGAUAAAUGUAUAUACCGGUGUAAGAAAAAGAUGAAGGAUUGAAAACGAUAGAAACUUUUCGUGAGAAGACAAAGGAUACCAAGCAAGAAAAGAAAGAUAAAGAAAAGAAGAGAAAGAUAAAGAAAGGGUGAGAAUAGGAAAAGAAGAGAGGGACGGAACGAACGAGAACAAGCGGACAGACUGGCAGACGGACUUGUCCGAUUCACGACUUGCGUUCUCGUGUCUGCAUUUCAGCUACUUACUAUCCUCUGCCGCUGUUCACCAGGCAUCAGAAGCGCGCGACGUAGCAGUAGAUUCAGUUCGGUGUAGAAAAAGAAAAAAAACAUAUAUAUAUUAAUACAUAUAUACAUACACAUACGUAUACAGAUAGUAUAUAUAUAUAUAUAUAUAUAUCAUAUACAUCUAUAUAUAUAUAUAUAUAUAUCUAUAUAUAUAUAUAUAUAUAUAGGAAGAGGAAAAAAGAAGUAGAAAGAAAAGAAAGAGAGAGAUCGAAAGAGAGUAAGAGCGAAGCGGGCGCCGUUACGAUAAAAGAAGUUUUUCGGAGAGCGUAUUCGGGAGCGUUCAAUGGUCGAAGCAGCUAUGCGCCACGCCGUCGUAGAGCUCUUAGCUAGCUAGUUCUGACUACGGGAGGUCUCGGGCCGCAGUUACGACCUCGAGAACGAGCGGGUUCGACUCGCGAAGAUGACCAUAAUAGUCUUUUUGAUCGACACGUCGGCCUCCAUGAAUCAGAGGGCAUAUUUGGGCGGGCGACCCACGCUUUUAGAUGUAGCCAAGAGCGCCGUGGAGACUUUCGUGAAGGUAAGACAAAGAUCACCAGAGAGUCGUGGAGAUCGUUAUAUGCUUCUGACCUUCGAAGAUCCGCCUCAGAAUAUUAAGGCUGGAUGGAAAGAAAAUUUAGCUACUUUUAUGAAUGAGCUUAAAAAUUUACAAUGUGUUGGACUGACAACAUUAGGUGCUGCUUUAAAACAUGCUUUGGAUGUUUUGAAUAUAAAUCGAAUGCAAACUGGAAUAGACACAUAUGGACAGGGGAGAUGUCCUUUUUAUUUAGAACCAUCAGUAAUUGUUGUGAUUACAGAUGGAGGAAAAUAUACAACUAAUAGUGGAGUUAAUCAAGAUUUCACAUUGCCAAUGCAUUCUCCUAUACCUGGAUCUGAACUUACAAAAGAACCAUUUAGAUGGGAUCAAAGAUUAUUUUCUUUGGUACUUCGUUUAUCUGGAACUCCAGCUGUUGAGAGAGAUACAGGAUUAGUGGCAAGUGAUUCAUCUCCAAUAGAUGCUAUGUGUGAAGUUACUGGAGGUCGUUCAUAUUGUAUAACAUCUUUUAGAAUGAUGAUGCAAUGUAUAGACUCUUUGGUACAAAAAGUUCAGUCUGGUGUAGUAAUAAAUUUUGAAAAAAUUGGUCCAGAUCCUCCGCCAUUAAAUAACGAAACGCAACAUGUAGACGAUGAUGAAAAUGAAGAUGAAAAUACUGCAACGAACGGAACUCGAACGUAUCCUCCUAAUCCAACAGUACCAGGAAAUACUGCAUGGCAUUCUUGCAGAAGACUGAUUUAUGUUCCACGAUCUGCUCAGAAAGGUUUUGCAGUUGGAUUUUGGCCGAUUCCUGAAAGUUUCUGGCCUGAUUUGAGCGCUAGUUCUUUACCACCUAGAUCAGCGCAUCCAAAUGUAAAAUUUACUUGUACCAGUCAAGAGCCUAUGGUAAUAGAAAAUCUUCCAUUUGAUAAAUAUGAAUUAGAACCAAGUCCAUUGACACAAUAUAUAUUAGCCAGAAAGCAACCAACAAUUUGUUGGCAAGUUUUUGUGGCUAAUUCUUAUAAAUCAAGUGAUGUUGGUCAUCCAUUUGGAUAUUUAAAAGCAAGCACUAAUUUAACAUGCGUAAAUUUAUUUGUUAUGCCUUAUAACUAUCCAGUACUUUUACCUUUAUUGGAAGAAUUGUUUAAAGUACAUAGAUUGAAACCAACAAAUGAAUGGCGAACACAAUUUCAGAAUUACAUGAGAACAAUGCCUACUUAUUAUGCAGCAUCUCUUAGGAGAGCUUUAACUAGAAUGGGUGCACCUGCACCAUUAGCACAAACAUUAAUACCCGAUAAUAUGGAUAAUUCGUUAUCGUACAGUGUCUUAAAUUAUUUAAAACGAUUAAAAAAUCAAGCUAAAAUUGAAUUUGAUAGACUUUGUAAUGAGGUUCUUUCCAAACAACUUGCUACUGCCAAUAUGACAAAAAAUUUAGUAAAUGGUAGUACAACAACAGUAACAGAGGGAGUAAGAGUUACUCCUAGAACUCCAUUAAAAAAAGAUUUGGUAUCACAUCCACUAUUACAAGACAAAUUUACAGGAUUGAGGGAUCAAUUAAAUGAGUUUGGUGGUUUUGUAGUUGGAUUAGUUAGAAAUCAACAACGUGGGGCGCAUAGUUAUAGGAACGCAUUCGAUGUUCCGCGAAAAUCUCUGUUAGAUCAAGUUGUUAGAAUGCGUGCUAAUUUUCUACAACCUGGAUUAUUACACACAAAGUUACUUGAUGAUGAUUAUGUUCAUUCAAUGCCCUUAGCACAAAUGGGAAAUUAUCAAGAAUAUUUGAAACGUAUGACUCCACCAUUAAGAGAAAUAGAAAGUGCUCCAGUUAGACAACAUAUGUUUGGUAAUCCAUUCAAAAUAGAUAAAAGAAUGAUGGUAGAUGAAGCAGAUAUUGAUAUGGUUGGAGCAACAUCUUCAACUUCUAAAGGUGGUCUUAAACGUACUUUACCUACGUCAGAUGGAGGAGGAUCUCUAACUUCAAAACCACCACCAAAUAAACGUAAACCAGGUCCAAUUCCUAAAGAUGUAAUAAUACGGAGACCGUCAUAUACACCCACGAAUACUCCACCAAGUUCACCGAUACCAUGGGUUGAUGAUACGAAAAAUCAAGUAACUCCGACUGCCGAGUCAAAUUCAGUUUCAUCGAAUGCAUUGAACUCUACAUCUACUGUAUCAAAUAUGUCAUAUAUAAAUUCGCCAGAAAAAUUAGUAAAUGGCCUUACAGAAAUGCCAACGAUACCAGUUUUUGAACCAAUUCCAGUAGAACAUACUAAUAAUCACAUGGAUGCACCACCAACUUUAACACCGAUAGUUAAUAAUGUUGAUACAUCUAAAAGCGAAGUGAAAACUGAAAAGCCAGAAAGUGUUAAGAAUGAGUGUAACAAACUACCUCCUAAUGAUUGUGUUGAAAAUAGUGUGAAAGUUGAAAAUUUGAUUGAUGAACGAUUGUCUAAUCAUGUUGAAGAAAAACACGAAAAAAUAGAAAAAGAUAAAGUUUUAACAAAAAAAGAAUUGGAAGAUAUUAGAAGGCAUAAUUUGUCUGUUCGAGAACUUGUAUACAAAGAAGUACGAAGAAGAGGUACAAAUUAUGCAACACUAUUUUCACAUUUACACCAAAUUCAAGGAACUCUAGAUAUACGACUUGCAUUUUUGCGAGAUAUUGUAAAAGAAUCAUUACGAUUUAAAAGACGUAAUUUGGCAUCAUUAUUAGAAGAAUAUUUGAAAACUGUACAAGAAGAUAACUGGACUGUAAAUCAUAAAGUAAAUCACAAUGGUGCCACAAAAAUAAGUUAAUUGGGGCAUUAUUUUGAUAACGAAAAUAAGAAUUCACUGAAUAAUGCAGAAAGUAUAAAAGAAAUACAAGAUAUAAAAAGCAAGUCGUACAUCUAUAAAGCGAUGAACGUAUUAGUGUUUAAGAAUGUAUGUUGCCAAGGCGCGAAGUGAUAAUAAUUGUUAAAUCUAAUGAAACAAAAUAGCAUUCUGUCAACCAAGGAGAUAUGAUUUUCAUACUCCUUUUUUCUCGUUUUUUCUCGUUUUGUUACUGUACAGUUGGUAGAAAUAUGUUUCAUUUUUUGUGAAAAAUCAGAAAAUGUGUGUUGCGACAAUAAAAUUUUCUCAGCAAAAAUUUAAUAAAUUCAUAAAUAUAUAAUUUUUAUGAUUCAUAUCUUGCAAUAUAAAAAAAUCUCUUAUAUUCGUUUAUUGAAUACUCAUAAUUUUAUAUUUAAUAUUUUAAUUAUUUAAUAUCUUUAUAAUUAAUAUAAAUUAAUUAUAAAAUAAUUGCCAAUGUAUAAUAUAAGAUAUGAUAAUUUUUUAAUUCUUGGUUUUGAUUAUAGAAAAAUAUAUUAUUUAUAGAAAAUUCUAUUAUAUUUUUUUCAUAAAAAAAAAGCAACUUAUAUAAAUCUUCAAUCUCGAAUGCAGGCAUUUGAGAUACUCUUGGAAAUAAUAAUUAGCAAUUGUGUGUAUAUAUAUGUAUGCAUGCAUGUAUGUAUGUAUGUAUGUAUGUCUGUAUAUAUAUAUAUGAUAUAUAUACAUACACACACAUAUAUAUACACAUAUAUAUAUAUAGCUCAAUUUCUAAAUUCUGCUACUUUUUAAAUAAAUUGAUGUAAAUAUAGCAUCCUGAAAAAGUACAACUUUCAACAAUCGAAUAACAUAAUUCUGCCAACUCUACUAAAAUUUUUAAUAAAUUAAAACAGAAAUGUUUUCUUUAAUUAUGUUUUUCUUUUUUUUUUUUUUUUUUUUUUUUACAAAAAUUUUAGUGUACAGUAUUGUGAUCUAGCAUAUAAAUGUAGAUAAAAAGUAAAUUCAUUAAAAUAUAAUAUGAUUUAUAAGUUUAGUUAUGAAUGUUGUUAAUAUUAUAAAAAUUAAAUUUUGAAUGUUUUAAAAUGAAAAAAUAAAUUUAAAAAUUUAAUACAUAUCUUCUGUUUAGAAAGAGGUUGUAAACAUUCAAAUUUUGUAAGUAGAAAAAAUAUACUAUUUUAUCAUGUAAUUUGUUAAAUUAAAAUAUUAUGAAAAUAGAAAUUGUUUCAUCAUGAUAAAUAUUUUUUUUUAUAUUGAAUGCAUGUUGUUUGUGAGUGAAAAUUAUCAUAAGAGAAUUGGAUUUUCUAAUUUUAUCAAGAACUGAAUUUACUAAAAUAUUUUUAGUGAAGGGUUGACAGUGCCUAAUGCUAUUGAAAAUUAGCAUAAAAAAAUUGUAUUUAUUUUUAACUCACUUCAAUAAUUUUGUUUCAGUAAUUAUUAUAAAAUAUAAACAAUGCAUUAAGAAAACUUAAAAAGAAGAAAAGUCACAUUUAAAAUAACAUAAAUAAACUUUAUUAUUAAAUUUAAUAGUUUUUUUAUAUUGAAUAGAAGUGAGUUAAAAAAUUAUAAUAACAAUAAUUUAUAUAAAUAAUUAAUGUCAAAAUCACUUGUUGCUAUCUAUAAGGAAUAAUAGUGAUUUGACCAAAUAUUAAGUAGAUUGUCCUAAAUUAAAUAAUCAGGAAGAUUAUCUUACCUAUUGAUGAAUUAAUUAAAUCAUGAAUAUUAUAUGUAUACUAAAAAUAUAUAAAGCAAUUUCAACUACUUUUUAAUCAUCGCCAUUAUUUAUAUGAAAAUAGAAAGAAUUUUUAUGAGAUAUAUUAAUAUAUUACAACAUAUCAUCUAUAUCACUAAAUGAAUUAAUUAAAUUUAAAUAUAAAAGGGUUUGUUUUUUUAUUUUCCAAAUACAUUUUGAUAUGAAAAUUAUAAUUAUUGCCCUUUUAUAUUUAAAUAAUAUUUUUUAAGUAAGAUAAUCAACCUGAAAUUUUUUAUAGGGACACUAAAUAUCUAUAUUCUGCUCUUUGUAAAUUUAGUAGUGAAAUUGUAUUUCAAAUAGUAUUUAUUAAUUAAAACCGUUAAAUGUUUAAUAAAUUAUUUUAUAAUAAUGGAGCUUAGCUGAGUCUUGAAGACAAUGAUGCUACACGCUUAUUGGCUCCAAAGAGAAAUUAAUAAGAAAGUUGAAUGAAUAUAACACAAAGUGCGAUUCUAUAAUGAAUUAGUAGUUAAUAAGAAAAACUAUAAUAGAAUAAAUAAUAUAAUUAUGAAAUUUUUGUUUAAAAAAUUGUAAUUUUUUAAUGUAUCAAUAUUUAUUGAAACAGAUUAAUUGAAGAUAAUUAUAAAUGUCAAAACUGUAAAAAAAUACUGUGUACUAUUUUGAUUAAGAUAAUGCAUCUUGUAAGUUUGUAAACAAAUAUUUGUUUGUAAUUUUUUUCACAAAAAAUGAAUUUGUGAAAAAAUAUAAGAUUAUAAAUUUAAUACUUUUGCACAUUAAAAAAAAAAGACUAAAUUAUAUACUUUGAAAGAAAAGACUAGAAAAA